CCCGCGGAAACGAGACUAACGAGAUUUCCCAACUCUCUUUUUCUGCCGCGCUUUGCUCUUCGGUCUUUCUCGUUUGAGGUUGUUCAAGUGGACGGUCGGCAUGAGUAAAGUGAGCCGUGACACGUUGUACGACUGCGUGAACGCGCUUCUGGAGAAAUCCAACAGCCGCUCCCGGAAGUUCGUGGAAACGGUUGAACUGCAGAUCGCCCUCAAGAACUACGAUCCCCAGAAGGACAAGCGUUUCUCGGGCACCGUCAAGCUAAAGCACAUCCCACGUCCGAAGUUCCAAGUAUGUGUGCUUGGAGACCAGCAGCACUGUGAUGAGGCCAAGGCAAAUGACAUACCGUGCAUGGAUGCUGAGGCACUCAAGAAGCUCAACAAGAACAAGAAGCUCGUCAAGAAGCUUGCCAAGAAGUAUGAUGCUUUCUUGGCGUCCGAAUCUCUCAUCAAGCAGAUUCCCCGUCUGUUGGGUCCUGGUUUGAACAAGGCUGGCAAGUUCCCCACACUUCUUACCCACAAUGACUCCAUGAUUGCCAAGCUGGAUGAAGUUAAGGCCACCAUCAAGUUCCAAAUGAAGAAGGUGCUGUGUCUAGCUGUGGCUGUUGGCAACGUGAAGAUGACCCCUGAUGAGCUGGCUCAGAACAUCAUCCUUUCACUCAACUACCUGGUUUCUCUUCUGAAGAAGAACUGGCAGAAUAUCCGUUCACUGCACAUCAAGUCAACGAUGGGACCUUCCCAGCGCCUGUACUAAGGAACGGGUUAUAAAGUUUUGUUUGGGUA